UUUGACGUUAAUGUAGAGUUGCAAUCCCAACGCGACCAGGAGCACUCGUUUAAUCGGACCCGUGGAAAUGGCAUUGUCAAGAGGUGUGAGCGGUGUUUUUGUGGUUGCCGCCCAGAGGACGGCAAUUGGUGCGUAUGGCGGUAAGGUGAAGUCGUUCACGGCGACCGAUCUGGCCGAAAUAGCAGCACGUAGCGCUCUUGAGUCAGGCAAAGUAAAACCUGAACUCAUCAACUCAGUAAUCUUUGGAAAUGUUAUGCAGUCCUCAAAAGAUGCGGCUUAUGUAGCUCGACAUGUUGGUAUCCGAGUAGGCGUGCCUCUUGAUGUGCCGGCCCUCACUGUCAACAGACUCUGUGGGUCGGGAUUCCAGGCAAUUAUUAACGGUGCUCAGGAAAUAAUGUUAGGAGACAGCCAGGUUGUGUUGGUUGGUGGAACAGAAAACAUGAGUCAAGCUCCAUAUGCGCUACGUAACGUCAGGUUUGGAACAAGGCUCGGACAGGAUUUGGUGCUGGAAGACACCCUGUGGGCUGGACUGACAGAUCAGCAGGUAAAGACUCCAAUGGGUAUUACGGCUGAAAACUUGGCCGAGAAGUACAACAUCUCCCGUCAAGAAUGUGACGAGUAUGCUCUCGCUUCACAGACCAGAUGGAAGAAAGCUAAUGAUGCGGGUGUUUUUAAAGCAGAAAUUACUCCAAUGAAAGUAAAAGGUAAAAAGGGUGAAGAAGUGUUUGACACUGAUGAACACCCACGCACAGUAACAGCAGAGGCUUUAGCUAAACUUCCAUCUGUCUUUAAGAAGAACGGCACUGUAACAGCUGGCAAUGCAUCAGGUGUGUGUGAUGGUGCUGGAGCUCUUGUUCUAGCGAGUGAAGCUGCCCUCAAGAAACACAAUCUAACUCCGCUGGCUCGGCUUGUGUCUUAUGGCAUCUCAGGUUGUGAUCCAAUUAUUAUGGGAAUUGGACCAGUUUCAUCAUCGAAAGCAGCUCUCAAGGCAGCAGGAAAGGAGCUCAAAGAUAUGGAAAUCUGUGAGAUCAAUGAAGCAUUUGCACCACAGUGUUUGGCCGUAAUGAAAGAGUUAGGACUUAAUCCAGAAAUAACAAAUAUGUGUGGAGGAGCUAUUGCUCUGGGUCACCCACUGGGCAUGUCGGGGGCACGGAUUUCCGGUCAUCUUGUUCAUGAGCUCAAAAGGAAAAAUGUGCAGUUUGCUCUUGGUGGCGCUUGCAUUGGUGGAGGACAGGGAAUUACAUUGAUAUUUGAACGUGCUUAAUAAAGUCUCAUACACUUGACACUAUUAGACCAAGCAAAUUAAUCUGUCAUUUCUUUACAACAAAUCUGUGAUCGAACAUACAUUUGUUUUGGUUUAACAUAAUCAUAUACACGCUUUAUUACAUAAUCAGACUUUUAAGAUUGUUAGUUUGGAUGAUUUGAACUACCACAUAAUGUACAUUGAAAAUAAUAUACAAUAUCUAAAGGACUCGAAAGUAUUUUUUUGGUUUGUAACAUGAAUUUUAGAAGAAUGGUUGUUAUGCACUAUUGUUUUGUAAUUAUGUUUUACAGUUGUCAUAAAAACUAUAAAGCAUAUAGGUGCUCAAAUUUAUAAUUUUUAGCACCAUGGCUAGAGCAAGAGGCAUGUCAAGCCUCUUCAUGGACUGCAUGAUAUAAUGAAGAGCUGUUUAUAUAUAUAUAUAUAUAUAUAUAUAUAUAUAUAUAUAUACAUACAUACAUACGGUGAAACCUGUCUAAGCCAGAUUACGUUGGGGACCUAAUAUUUAUCCGGUUUAGAGGGGUGCAUUUUAGAAUACAGUGUUAUUUCCAUUGACAUAAAAUUUGUAACUGUAAAUGAACAAGUCUGAGAACUGCAAAAUGAAUGUGACUGUCAGACUAAUAAUAAUGUUGCUAUAUUCCAAUUUUGUUAUGUAUCUUUCUUAUUUAUGAACCAACAUUAAAACAAAUAAAAACAACAAAUUUAACAGCUGAGUUACUGCAUUAUUUUCGGUUGAGAUUUGCCAGAACAAAAUGUCUUGGUUACUAGGCCAAAUGAGCCUUUGAUUUAAAUGCCCAAAUUUAUUAUUAUGCGUGUACCUCGUCAAACAUUUAUUAUAUAGACCAUUUUGUAAUUGUAUAGUGAAAGUCUUUUGUACAAAACGAUGCACAUUAAUUGUGCAUUUGGCACUUUUGAAUAAAUUAUUUAUAUACCUA